GGCAGUCUGAGUGGCUACGACCAAAGGGCAUGCAAUCUGAGGUAAACCUGAGGUACCAGGAGCGCUGCAAUUAAGUUUUAGUAAAUCAGUCACUGCUACAACAGUCAACGCUAAGUCGCUAUAGCAAAGAAGAUGGAGUCAACCGAGGCAGAGGCAUUACAACUGGAAAUAAUGGGACUUUUGUGUACACUGCCUGUAGACAGCCUAAUAGGACUAUGUGAUUUUCUCACCAUUGCUGGAUUAAAAUUUGAGCAUGUGACAGGAAAGAACAGAGCAUCACUCAUCUUAAUGAUUAGUAAUCAUCUGCAGAGUGAAGAACUACAGAACUUGGAGGACAUGGGGAUGGCACAGCUUCUCUGUUUUAAAGACAAGAUAACUGAACUUCAAAAUGAGACUACAGCUGGCCAAGUAAAGGAACUUCAAGCAACACAAAAUGAAGAACAAAAUAAACCUGAUGAAACAGAGGACAGUACAUCAACAGACAACAGACCUCAGUCAUGUUUACCACUCCAAAUAAAAAGUACUGAUGAGAAUGAGCAUAAAUUUCAGGCCACCAUACCCACCUUAAGAAUGACAACUUCAGGUUCAGCUCCAGGUCCGACCCCUCCACUUUGGCACAAAGAAUUCAAAAUAGCUGGACAAAUUGGAGAACCAGGACAGAAAGAUCGUCUCACAUUUUCCAGCCUAGCACGACAAAUUGAGCAUGGCCUUCUCAAGGGUUUUCCAGAGACUGAGAUUGUUGAUGCUGUUAUAAGGGCCAUUGUUCCGGGGAUGCAGUUAAGAAGCUAUUUAGAGGGGAAAAGUGACCUCGCACUGCCCACCCUGAGGAGAAUACUGCGCUGCCAUUAUCAGGAGAAGAGCGCAACAGAACUAUAUAAACAGCUGUCGUCAGAAGCACAGGGCAUUAAAGAGACUCCUCAGAACUUUCUUAUCCGCACUCUUGAUCUGAGACAGAAGAUUCUGUUUGCCUCACAAGAGUCAGAGUCAGGCUUAAGGUAUGAUCCAGUACUUGUGCAAAACAUGUUUCUCCAUACAGUUAUGACAGGCUUACAGAAUGAUAAUAUAAAACGUGAUCUCCAGCCAUUCCUGGAGCAAGCUGGUGUUUCUGAUGAACUUCUGUUUGAGAAACUAAAUAUUGCAUGUGCCUAUGAAAGUGAGAGGCAGGAAAAAAAGAAAAUGAACACACCACAGCGGUCUGUUACUGUUCACUCUGCUCAGUCUGACCAUGCCACUGUUGAAAAGAAGGAGAAGAUAAACCACUGGCUGCAGAAUGAGGAGAUCGGGACAGUUCAGAGGGAGUUCUUUAAACGAGCAAGGGUUACCCCAGCGGGGCAGGGAGUGACCACUUUGUCAGCAGUGCCCCAACUCUGUGCCUACUGUGGUGUAGGUGGGAUAAAGGUUCCUCUUAAAGUUGCCAGAUCACAGAGAAAAGGUUCAAGACAGAACAGUGACACUGAACUUAACAGCCAACAAGAGGAUGACAGUGAUGACGAUUCGGAGGAUGAAUGGUUUUACUACCCAUGCCCUGAGCCACUCCAGCAUACAAGUCCCAUGGAUGAGAUAGACCACACAGAUCAAUCAGCAGCCACUGAACCCACAGCAGCAAAGGACAGACAAGGAGAGGAACAAGAAAAAGUUUUACAACCAGAGGAGUAUCAGGAACUGACAGACGUGUUAGAAAGAGAUGGAGCUCCUGAGCAACUGGAGAAUUGUGAAGAAGACCCUCCUCUGCUGCCUAUGUCACCUCCUUCAUGUGAGAGCCACAGUGGCAACAAGCAACUUGUUACAGCCUGGGACUUCCAGUCAGGUCCACACAUGUACUUGACCCUGUACACUAUUUUAGACCCCCUCAACUAA